AUGAUAAAAACAUCUUGGCCUCCGAUUUUGGGUCCUGCUGAUCUAUACCAGCCCAUGGAGGAUACUGUGGUGCCGCUUUUCUUCAACUCUUACCUCUAUCUUCCGAAAGAUCCUCAUAUUCAGAAUGGAUUCAUGGAGAUAUUGCCUAUUUCUUUCUCGAAUGCGAAGCCGCACUCUCAUCUUCAUGUCAGUACCUUAGCUGUUGCUUUCUUCUCUGUUGCAGCAUGGACUGGUCAGAGUUGCUUGCUUCGAGCAUCGGAGCAGUAUUUCACCCAAGCAUUGCCAAAGAUUCGAGAAUCUUUGCAAGAUGAGAACAGUGAUUUUGAUUCUAUCUUACUUUCCAUUCUUCUACUCUCGACGUAUGAGGUGAGUCAACAUGAUCUCUUCCCUUCGGCUGUGGAUGAGAGCCCACUGACAGUCUUCGAGGAAUUCGUUGCUAUAAAAGACUGGGAGAAUCCCAUGAAGGCUCAUCUUCGAGGAGCCAUUGCCCUCAUCAACAGCCGGAAAUCAAAACGAUUACAAACAGCGGCAUCAAGGACAAUUGACCACGCAGUGCAAACUCAAAUUGUCAAAACCAGCCGAGGCUUGACUAGUCCCACAGUACCAAUCCCGAAAGUCUGGCCACUGUCCCAACCAGCACCAUCAUCAGGCCCUCGUCCACUCCUAGCCUCAGCAGCAGCAGAAAUCGUAAACCUUCGCCUAGUAUGGGAAGGAAUAAUCGACAAACCAGCAAAACGAGCAGAAAUAACAUCAUUACUAACAAAAGCAAUCAAAAUCGACACAAAUCUCGCAGCAUGGGCCCACCUAGUUCCGCAACACUGGACACCAGUAGCAGCAAGCAUAAUCCCACAAUCCGUCCGCAACGCUGGUAUCUACAACGACCGUGUCGACUGCUAUACAGAUAUGUGGAUCGCCUCAACAUGGAACACAUACCGUGACUGCCGCAUUCUAGUGCAAAGCAUCAUUCUCAGUUGUCUCCGCAUGGCACCUUCUAAUGACCCCCAAGGCCUGAGAACAAUGAUGGCCACCACUACUGCUCAUCGCCUCGCGGAUGAGAUCUGUGCAUGUCUUCCCUUUUUCCUUGGGAGCCAGCUUGAAUCGGUCCGUAUGAAGACAGGCCUUGUUGAGUAUCCAUUUGCAGAGACGAGACCUGUUUCGCAGAUGCAUAGGCAGGUUGCGCCGCUUAUCGGUGCUUGGUUCAUCUUGCCUUGUCUGAGGAAUCUUCAGGCUGGGGGAUUGGGGUUGUCUGCUGAGCAGAUUAGUUGGUUGAAUGGGCAGAUUGAGAGGAUCAGAGUUAUUUACUUUCAGAAGUGA